AUGAAGACUAAUUUCCUGAUAUUUACUAUUUUAACCCUAAUCACCUUCACACAAACCUCAUGCCGAAAAACCCUCAAUCUCACAACCGAUCAACAAACACUACUCUCUCUCAAAACCACCAUUUCUUCAUCACAUCCCAAUUCCAUCUUGACCACGAGCUGGUCCACCAACAUAUCCAUAUGCAGCUGGCGAGGCGUCUCGUGCGGCGCCAAACACCGCCGCGUCACGGCCCUAAUCCUCUCCUCCUUCGGCCUACGUGGAAGCCUCCCUCCAUAUCUCGGAAACCUAACGUUUCUCCGGUCUUUGGACGUCAGCUCCAACCACUUCACCGGCCCCAUACCCUCUCACCUCUCUAAACUACGUCGUUUGAAGACGAUCAAUUUAGGGUUCAACAACUUCACCGGACAAGUACCGUCGUGGCUCGGAGCCUUUUCCGAUCUGCAAUACGUGCGGAUGAGCAACAACAGCUUCUCCGGGGAUAUACCUUCGUCUCUGUUCAACGGUUCAUCUCUGAUUGAGAUUAAUAUGAGAUAUAAUAUGCUAUCGGGGAAACUUCCGAGUGAUAUAUGCAGUAAUAGUCGGAAAUUGGAAGCUCUGUUUCUCACCGGAAAUCAGCUCAGUGGGGAGAUUCCGGCGAAUAUAUAUAUGUGCAGAGAGCUUCAAGAUUUGCGGUUGCCAAUUAAUAGUUUCAGCGGUAGGAUUCCGGUUGAAAUUGGGAAUUUGAGCAUGCUUAGGGUUUUAUCUCUUGGGAUGAACCAUUUUGAAGGAGGAAUACCAGCUGAAAUAGGAAUGCUCUCGCAAUUAGAGACAUUAUCCAUCCCUAGUGCUUUCCUAACUGGAAAUAUUCCAAAUUCUUUCUUCAACUUUUCGUCUAUGAAAUCGAUGGAUCUCAGCGACAAUAGUUUAUCUGGAACUAUAUCAAAAGUCACUUUUCACAUCCUCCCUAAAAUUCAAGAAAUGUAUCUUCUAUAUAACCACUUGACAGGUGUUGUGCCAAAGGAAUUUGGAAACUCAACUUCCUUGACAACUUUGGAUCUUGCUUAUAACCGAUUCACAGUGUUCUACAUACCCGAAUUGAUAAAGUCCAUAGAGGGUAUGGACUUUUCUACAUUAACCGGGACAUCAUCCAAAAUUCUUCUCGACUUUAUAAUCGAGUGGCCAGCCAGUUGGAGGUGAAUUACCAGA